GCACAAUAUACCUGUUUAAGGGUGCUGGUAAGGAAGUAAAUGAGAGACAGGCCGAACACGACCCCCAGGACCCAACGCUUGCGCAAAAGCCGGCGCAACACCAUGGAUGCGUUCUUCUGGAUGUGCACCAGAUCCAGGUAAUUCCGACCAAACUAUUUAAAUAGCACUAACGUGACCGAUCUCAGACCGAGAGAUCCGCUUAGCACAGCAUCAGGUACGUCACUUUAACUCUGUCUGGUAGCGAUCGAGGGAAUUAAGGUUACCGUUAUGCGACACAGGCCGACAAUCGAAUCAUUCGUAGGCGAUAGCUGGACAAACAGCACGUUUAUCAACACUUAACCCAUUUUAUGCGUGAAAUGUAAAUAACUGUGGCAAAAAAAUAGAUUUGCGAUGUUUUACUGACAGAUGCCCGCAAAAACAUAAAGCCGUUUGUCUGAUCAAAGCGUUCGUUAUAUGCGCGUCUACUUCUAGUCACGAUCGCGACAGUAAUUGUAAUAAAGUCUUAAAUGACUUAAACAAAAAGAGUUGUAUAAAUAAUAAGAAAGCCCAACAGCUUUCUCUAUGCGGAAGUGUGUAGGAACGGCGCGUCGUGAUUGGUCGCGCUGCGUGUGCACUUCCGGAAACAGACCGGGUCGCUUCCUGUCUUCGUUUUCCAGUCGAUUGAUUAGUGUUUCUUUGUUACUGGGGGUUUGUGAUUGCGAAAUACGAAUAAAACAUAGACGAAAAACUCAUUUGUGGUGUUGUGUUUUAGGCCAUGACAAAGUUUUGGAGGUCCUGGUGAUAAAGUGGGUGCCAUGCAAAGACGCCACAGCAGCAACACGGAGGGCAUGCCGCCAGAAAGGAACAGAAGUCAGACUCUCGGUUCUGAGAGCAGUCUUGAUGAAGGUGGCGUGUUUGACUGUUUGAAGCCAAACUCUCCUACAUCCCCACAGCAGCUUUUCUCUGGUCUGGUGGGGGUCUCUGCUGGGAACGUGUCUUCGGAUCCCUUCCAGGCUGCUGGGAUUGUUCUGGGUUCUCCUCCGGACGUCUUUAUCCAAAUGGCGUCCUCGUCGAGGGAGGAAGGUUCUCACCGGACCGAGAACCCACCUUAUCUUCCUCGGCCUCCUCAGCACCACCAUCAUCAUCACCAUCAUCAUCAAUCCGGCCAACAUCGAUCCUCUCUUCUGCAUGCGGCAACCUCCUCUGAGAGGCACGGGAGCAGGGAUGACGGGGGAGAUGAUACCUCCACCCCUGCUCCUGCUCUCUCUGAACUCAAAUCUGUGGUCACAUGGCUACAGAGAGGAUUUCCAUUCAUUCUCAUUCUCCUUACCAAAGUCUGCUUCCAGCACAAGCUCGGUAUUGCCAUUUGCAUUGGAAUGAUCAGCACAUUUGCCUUUGCUAACUCGUCUCUGAAGCACCAGGUUGCAUUGCGGGAGGAGAGGUCUGUGUUUACAACCCUCUGGAUUAUGAUCUUUCUUGCUGCCAACAUUGCGUAUCUCUACUACACUUUCAGCCCUGAACAACUUCACAAUAGCCUUAUUUUUGCCAAGCCGAACAUCGACAGCUUUAAUUUCUUUGACCUGAUCUGGGUUGUAGGGAUAACAGAUUUUGUGCUGAAAUAUUUCACCAUCGAGCUCAAAUGCCUCAUUCUCUUCCUGCCGAAAAUGAUCCUUGCUUUCAAGUCCAGGGGGAAGUUUUAUAUGUUGAUAGAGGAGCUGAGUCAGCUAUUCAGAGCGUUGGUUCCCAUCCAGCUGUGGUACAAGUACAUCAUGGGAGAAGAUCCCUCCAACAGCUACUUCCUGGGUGCCAUGCUGAUUAUCAUCUACAGUCUGUGCAAGUCGUUUGAUCUGUGUGGAAGAAUAUCUGGCAUUCGUAGAGCAUUUGUUAUUCUCUGCAGCUCACAGAGCUAUGGUACAAGAGCCAGUGCUCAGCAGUGCAAUGAGGUGGGUGACGUGUGUGCAAUCUGCCAGGCUGAAUUCAAAGAGCCAAUUGCGUUGCUUUGUCAGCAUGUGUUCUGUGAAGAGUGCUUAUGUCUGUGGUUCGACCGGGAGAGAACGUGUCCGCUUUGUCGGUCAACAGUGGUGGAAACACUUCGUAACUGGAAGGAUGGGACCACGUCCGCUCACUUUCAAAUAUACUGAUCAGGAGUACAGUCGAUUGACAAAGAUGCUGUGGUCCAUUUUAAACAUGUUUAUGAUGCAUAAAAAGUUCCACCAUUUAUCCAUCAGUUAUGUAAAUAAUAACAUAUUCAUUUAAAGCUAUUUAAAAGCAUGAUAAUCAACAGCUGUUUAGGAAUGUAUUUUUAUUUAUUGAAGCUAUUAAACUAUCUGGGGUU